AUGUCUCACGUAUCUCUUGAAGAACUGUACAACGUCAAUCCUAAUUCGGCACCAAAUUAUUUCCAUUGUGAAUAUGAUGCCAAGUUGAUGAAAUUAGUUCGAGAACAUCUUGCGUGUUUAUGGGUCGCGGGCGACGUGGAUCUUGCCAAGGAUUCGAUUGAAAACGAUUGUCCUGAAAAUGUGAAGAAGGCCGUGAAAAUUGCAUUGGCGUUCCUAAUGAGGGCGGACGACCUGGUAGUGAACAAACUGUGCGAUGUAACCAUGUACGACGUUUUGCCAGACCGCCAAUUCUUUAGCGCCAUACAAAAGUUGAUCGAAAUUGUACACCGAGAAGUUUAUACGAAAAUGGUGGUGACUCAGAUGACCGUAUCUGAAUUUGAACGUUUGGAAUCGUGGGGUAACGUACAUUUGCAUAAACUGUUUGGAUGGUUAGAUUGUGCCCCCGAAAAAGAUAGCACUCCGUAUGUAGAUGUCAGCAAGUGGGCAGCCAUGGAAGGUAUCGUGUUCAAUUUUGCAUUCGCUUUGUUUUGCUGGCUACGUUACAAGAACCUUCUACCCGAGUUCACCAAAGCCAACGAGUACAUUAUGCGAGACGAACAAUAUCACGCUGCCGCUUGGUUACGGACAUUGGGACUAUUGAAGGAUGCGGGGCCGCAGAACGAAUCGUCAGUCAAUCCCCUGAAGGUUUUUCUAGCCGCCCAUCUUGCCCAGGACGAGAUCAUUGAAUUAAUGCCCAAAUCCUUGCAAUACGAAAUCCGAAGGGGUAGCGAUUACUUGACCGCAGCAUUUCUGAGGAGCAUUCCCAACUACAUCAACGUCCUGCGGCUAUCAAAAUGGUACACACUCCUCUCUACUGCCGAUGCCGAGCUCUACGACCUGUUGAUAAAUGCUCCUAUGCCGGAGUACUUGGAAGCGUCCAAACGAAUUACCAAAACCCAGUUCUUGGACAAUAAUGCUGGUGGCUACGAAUAUCACAGAUGGGACGUGAAACAAGACAUUGACUUUUGA